AUGGAGGAGCCGGAGAUGCAGCUCAAGGGGAAGAAAGUAACAGACAAGUUCACUGAGAGUGUCUACGUCCUGGCCAACGAGCCAUCCGUGGCCCUGUACCGGCUGCAGGAGCACGUGCGCCGCUCUCUGCCCGAGCUGGCCCAGCAUAAGGCUGACAUGCAGCGGUGGGAGGAGCAGAGCCAGGGAGCCAUCUACACGGUGGAGUACGCCUGCAGCGCCGUGAAGAACCUUGUCGACAGCAGCGUCUACUUCCGCAGCGUGGAGGGCCUCCUCAAACAGGCCAUCAGCAUCCGAGACCACAUGAACGCCACGGCCCAGGGCCACAGCCCCGAGGAACUGCCCCUGCCCUCUUCAGCCUGA